GACGAGAGAGAGCGUGUGGGAGAGCGAGAGAGAGAGAGACGGGGCUGCCUGACUGGAGGUGACGUUAAACGGGGACCGGAGUAGCUCGACCGAGGAAGAGCGGCCUUCCCACCCUGAGACAGACACUGCGGCAGAGAACAGACGGGCGCUUUGACAGCAGGCGAGGUCGGGAACAGGCGGCCAGCAGCCCGUGGGGAGGGCUGGGGAGCGCAUGAGGAGACCGAGCCCUGGGCCCCGGGUCCCAACGCAGAGCGCAGCCAGCGACGCAGCCAGAGGGGAACGGCCGCAGGAGGAGGAGCGCAGCCAUGAGGUCCAUCCGCUCAUUCGGCAACGAUGACCGUCACGUGAUGGCGAAGCACUCUGCCAUCUACCCGUCGCCGGAGGAGCUGGAGGCCGUGCAGACCCUGGUGUCCACGGUGGAGUGUGCCCUCAAGCACGUCUCCGACUGGCUGGACGAGCUGAACCGGCCCGCCACCACCUCCCAGGAGCCCGAAAGCAACGGCUCGGACGACGGAGCCAAUAGGGAGCCCAGCGGGGGGCUGCUGUGCGGCGUGGUCCGGGUUGGCCUGGUGGCCAAGGGCCUGCUAAUCAAGGAGGACAUGGACCUGGAGCUGGUGCUGAUGUGCCGGGAGAAGCCCACAGAAACACUGCUGCAGACAGUGUGCGAGAGGCUGCCGAUGCACAUCAAGAAACUGACCGAGGAGCCGUAUGAGGUGACACACUCGGUGCGGGAGGCGGCCAUCUUGGUGCACGGCACCUCCGAGCCCAAGCUGACGCUGAAGGUGGCCCUGACCUCCCUGCAGAUGAGGGAGGAGAGCAGCCAGGGGGAUGAAGAAGAGCACACUGAGCCAGCAGAAGCUCCCGACCUGCUGGACCGGCAGAGCUGUCUGGUCGCUCUGGCAUCUCUGCGACAUGCCAAAUGGUUCCAGGCGCGAGUCAACGGCCUGAAGUCGGGUGUAAUCGUGCUGAGAAUCCUGCGGGACAUGUGCAACAGGGUGCCUGCAUGGGAAGCUCUCAAGGGAUGGCCCCUGGAGCUGAUCUGUGAGAAAGCUAUCGCCACAUGCAGCCGGCCGCUGGGGGCGGGCGAGGCCCUGCGCAGGGUGAUGGAGUGCCUGGCUUCCGGCAUCCUGCUCCCAGGUGGCCCAGGCUUACACGACCCGUGCGAGAAGGAGCCGACGGACACGCUGUCCGCCAUGACGGUGCAGGAGGCCGAGGCAGUCACCGCCAGUGCCCAGCACGCCCUUCGGUUCCUGGCUUUCGGUCAGAUCUACAAGGUCCUGGAGAUGGACCCUCUGCCAUCAAGCAAACCCUCCCAGAAGUACUUGUGGUCAGAAAAAGAAGGGACGGGUCUGAAGAGGCCUUAUGAGGAUGGCGUGACGGAUGACAAAGACCUCAUCAAGAAGAUGAAGCGCAACCUAAGGAAAGUCCUAGACAGCAAAGCAAUAGACAGCAAUCAGCCGAUGAACGCCCUGAUGCGGCUGAACCAGAUCCGUCCGGGUCUGCAGUACAAGCUGCUGUCGCAGUCCGGUCCGGUGCACGCGCCCGUCUUCACCAUGUCCGUCGACGUCGACGGCACCGUCUACGAAGCUUCAGGCUCCUCCAAGAAAACGGCCAAGCUGCACGUGGCGGUUAAGGUUCUGCAGGCCAUGGGCUACCCCACCGGUUUUGAUGCCGACUUGGACUCCAUGAGCGCGGACGAGAAGUCGGACAGCGAGGGCAAGAGCGAGACGUCCUCGAACCCGAGCAAUAACGCCACCAACUCCGCCACAGAUGGCUCCAACACACUGGAGCUACGCACUCAGGGUCCUAUACUCACCGCCAGCGGCAAGAACCCGGUGAUGGAGCUGAACGAGAAGCGGCGCGGCCUCAAGUACGAGCUCAUCUCCGAGAGCGGCGGCAGCCACGACAAACGCUUCGUCAUGGAGGUGGAGGUGGAUGGCCAGAAGUUCCGUGGAGCCGGACCCAAUAAGAAAGUAGCCAAGGCCAGCGCCGCCCUGGCUGCCCUGGAGAAGCUGUUUUCUGGUCCCAACGCCGCCGGCAACAAGAAGAAGAAAAUUAUCCCUCAGGCGAAAGGCGUCAUCGCCGCAGCAGCUUCUGCAGCGGCCCAGGCUGUUCGCGGCCGAGGACGAGGAGCCCUGGCCCGGGGGGGCUUUGUGACCGCCGCCGCUGCCACGCCCGGAUACGUCACUCCAGGCUACGGCACCCCCUACGGGUACAGCGCGGCUGCCGCCGCUCCCGCAUAUGGUCUGCCCAAGAGAAUGCUUCUGUUGCCUGUCAUGAAAGUGCCCGCCUACCCAAUCCCUCACUACUCCUUCUUUUAGCACUGAGGGCCCCAGGCCGCCCCCCCCCCCGUUACUCAACCCAAACUGUACAGAUUUUUAGAAGGGGAUUUUUGUGCUUUCUUUUCUACUUUAAAACAUCGUUUUAAAAAUUUAAAAAGCAGGUUUGUUCAUUAAAAUUUUGAGGAUUUGUACUGUGAAAUGUUACCUCAGUCUUGGAAUAUAAAUUAUACAGGCAUUUUUUUUUGUUGUUGAUGUGGUGUUUUUCUCUGGGGGGAGCGUUUACGGGCUGUAACAUUUGACUCUGACACACACUGUAAAGGUGACCAGCUAUGUGAAGGAUGUAUAGACGAUACUGCCAGCAUUGGUGAAUAAACCUUUGUAUCUUACAACACCUGAGUACUGACUGGUGUAUACAGCCCUUUAGCAUCGUAAGUGCAUUCUGGGGCUUUAGCAUUAAGGCUAACACUGGUAUUCUUUGCUGGUACUUAAUUGCCCAGUACGGUGGUGGAUCAUAGGAGAGGCUAGAUGAUUUCUGGUUGUCAGCUUGGCAAUUUGGGGCUUUUGAUCUUUAGCUGCCUCUCUCUGACUUUUGCCUUUCUCUUAAAACUCUUCCAAAAAUGGCUUCGAAGCCACAGUUGGCUAACAUAUGUAAUGGUUUACUGCUUUAAAUUAAUUGUUAAGCCCUAGAAAAUGAACAGAUUACAGUACUGCUCUGCACAUACACAGCGAACGACAGCAACGGACAGAAAACGUCUUAGCGACGAAGGAUAAUAUUGAUGAAAUGAAAUGUUCUAGACUAUCAGGACCAGGCCUGGGAGGAUUCUCUGACUGAUUACCCUGUCCGAAAUCAAUGGAUGAUGGAAUUAAUCAAAAAAGGGAAAACGAUUGUGGCCUACCUUUUGGCCAAGGCAGAGCUCCUGUUUGUGGUCCUGAUAGCUGACCGCACACCUAUCACACGGGGUUCUUGUGGCCUUCAGUUGCAUGUGCGUCAAACGCGAGAGGCCGCUUGGCUGGUUCCCCCCGAGGUUCCUGGCAAAGGGCCCAAACACACGCACACUCCAGAGAGGCAAGAACGCAGCUACUCGCGGCGGAAUCAAAAGCAGCAACAAAGGUCCACCAAGACUUGCUACCUAACUGUCCCAUAUUUUUAUUUUAAUUUUUGUGAAGUGUCUGUGUGAGCUACAAGUCUGUCUUUUCCCAUGAGGCCAGCAGGUACCUCACAACACACCUUCAUCUUCCUCCUGUCAUCUUCCAACGCCUGAUGGUUCAUGUAUAUAAGAUGGUUUCCCCUCUGUUUUGAUGAAUGUUAUGAGUAAAAUCUGCCUUUCUCAUAUUAGAAGGGAUAGCCCAAAACUAGCCAGAAGACCAAUUUCCAGCCAAUCCCCGUCUCCCAAACUCCCUACCAAUGCUAGGCGCGGCCCAUUUGGAAUUCUGGUCCUUCUGGCAGCUUUGGGUUGUUUGGGGCUGAAGCUCAGGAGUCUGGGGAGUUCUGAUCUGUCAGGAUAAGCUUUUGCUGGCCCGUGGCUGGGACAGGGUCAUCGCUGACGAGAGAAGGCACAGUCUCUCCUCCAAACGCAAUUGUUCGAUAUCAAGCAAUACCAUGUUUUGAUUGGGUUGUUUCACUUUGCAAAGGGGGAUGGGAGCACUAAGCCACCGCCCCCAGACCAAUGAGGUUACUGUCCCUGCUGCAAACUCUCACCCAAGCUCGCCCUCUCUCGUCUUGAUGGCAGGCAUUGUACUAGAUCUCCAAAAUCACCCUUUAAUUUAUCUCUCCAGAGUUACUAACUACAUUGUCUGAACUACAGAGUUAUUGCAUACAGUUUUUACAUUUCUCUGCUUUAUCUCGAACGAAUGGGCUCCACGUUUUUUUUGUUUUGUUUUUUUUUUGUCCGAAUUGGUAAUGUGCAACUUCAGUUGUUGAUGUCCUUUUUAUUAACCUGAUACGCCCCGAUGCAAUGAAAACCCCACAUACAGCUGAAAGAGCAGAGAUUUCCAACCUGGAAUGUGUGAUGCUGCCUCCUGCAGGUCCGGACAUUAACUGCAGUCUCUCUGCUCUUCUUCUCACUGUAGGUGGUCUUUUCAUUGACAAUCCCUUUUACCAGCCGCGGACCAUCGCACCUUUUAUUAUUCACUUGGGUCCUCAAGAUCUCUUCUCUGACUUCUAGAACCAUCAGGUUGUGUGGCUCUAAACACUCUUACCGCUUUCGGCCUAACCAGGCUAUCUCCACUGUACAGAACAGUCAAACUAUCUCUACGUAUAAGGCAUAUACCCCAACAACGGAAAAGCAAUAUGACUUUAGUUAACUUUAGCAAAAUCGAAGGCUGAACUUGGUCUUUAUUAUAUAGCAAUACACCUGAACUUUUAGCUUAAAGCUUACUUGAAACAAUGUGAAUGUUCAAUUGAGUCUUACCCGAAACAGCACUGCAAUAUUUAAUUUUAAUUGUAUAUUCACUGUGUGCGUGUGUAUGUGGGAUUAUACUACAAAUGUAUGCAUAUAUAUUUAUGGUGCUUAUUACUAUAAAUAUAUUUGUAGAAAUGAUAUUAUGUGUGUAUAUAGUUUGGAUAAAUUAUUUUAGAGUUUCUGAGUAUAACGUAAGUAUAAUCAGAGUAGAGCAUUCUUCCAAUUUUUUAUACGUAAAGGUAGUACUCUGUGGCGAAGCAAGGACCUUUGAAUGUCCUGUACCUGUAAUUGUAGUUUAGUUCGGGUUGCCUCCGCUUGUUUGCCUGGAGUAACAUUCUGGGGUGUCUUACCACUUUGAGCGUUUCAGAGCACAGCCUUCAAUGUCCGCUAUUUGAGGGUAGGAGUUGGGCCUUCCACCUCUCUCCUUAAUGAAACGCUCUCCAGCGGAUGGUAUGCACGGUGCCGUCUCACAAAGCACACCUUUCAGUAGACAGCGCAUCCUGCUGACUUGCAGGUUACUGUGGUGUACACUGUUUCUCUAUGGGCAGCUACUGAGCUGUACCCUGGACCACCAUCAAUUCAGUCUUCUGUGAGGUUGUGGCUAGAAGCACAGUGCUUUUUCUCCGUCUGUCUGUCCAUUACGGUCCUUUCUUCCCAUAACUCCACUGCUUAACUCGUAUGAUAGAAAUGUCAACAACAGUCCAUUCUACCACUGAGUGAGCAGUAGUAAUGAAGACCAGUCCAUGCUUUGAUGGACGUGCUGGGCCCCGUGUCCCCCACGCACGUCGUACUCCCGAGUACGUUGCUGAAGGGCUGCAGGCGCGGCACCCCAUGCGUUUCUGCUGCAGUCAGAUUGAUCCCUUUGGUCCUGCAUGUCGCCGUCAUUGCUUUCGGCUGUUCCACAAACGCACACGCUAACAUUGUGAGCUGGUUUAUUUGGAACCGAAGCUCACAGACGUCCCUCACAUUCUGGAACAUGCUUUAUGUAAAUAAAUUCAUAUAAAGUCUCUCCUUGUGGAGACACACAGCCGCUGUUAUCUGUUUAAAGUAGAUCUGGGUCUGUAAAGGUCUACAUUUCUUUUCCCUUUCCUGAAGUAAACUUUCAUGAUCUGUCACAUAAACUAAAAUUAUCCAUUUUUUUUCUAAUUAGGGGAAAUGAAUAGGCUGACCACAUAAAACUUUGUAUAUUGUCGCAGAAAAAAACACUUGGUGGUAUUUUAUUUUGUUUAUUUACUAGUCCUCGGUACCACAGAAGCAAUUUUAAAGACCAACGAAAUUAGUUGUGUGUUUAAUUUAGCCGCGUGGUCAGUGACUGCAGGGAAGUUCUCGGAUUAGUUUAUUGUAAAUAGUUGACUUUUCAAAGCUGCUGUGCCGUAAGCAGAUCCUCUGCUCAUCACUCCUCCGCCCCUUUACCCACCUGCGAGGUUUUCCAUUGCUUACUGAUGUAUUUGCACGCGCCUUAUGAAUUUUCAGUUUUAUUUACCGAUUUCAUAACUGUCACAUAGCUGUGUUUUAUUUUCAGAGUUUAAAGUCUGGCGUCAGACUUUUAACCCCAACACAUUUAUUCCCGUGGAAUCAAUCAAUACAGGCUAAGUUAAUUAGAAAUGCUAUUUUUGGACAAGGCCGCCUACAUGGGGGUGUGUAUUUAUCGUAUGCAGUGCCUUGCGUUUGCAGCAGAUAUCAGUGUAGGUGUCUCUUAUAGCCAUGCCCUCCAUUUAUAUACAUUUUGGCACACAUUUAAUUGCCAAAUGUAACCUCGUCAGAAGAUCAGGCAUCGGGACGUUUCAGUUUGCUUACCAAAGCUAGCGGCCGUGUGCAUGAAGUGGGCCCUGAGUGUGAGGGUGAAAGCUGCUUCCCCCAGGACGGCUCUCCCUCCAGCUCCUUUGCUAUCUCACAAUCAGUAGGCAGGAAACACUCAAUUGUACUGCUGUAACGUAUAAUUGCUAAUGUAUUUUUCCUAGUUUCAGAGAGGGGACUUUUCAUAGUAACCCCCAAAAGGCAAAUAAACUUUCUUCAAUGGCAAAACAAUUCUAUGUAUAUCUAAUUACUAUAAUUGCGUUGUAUUAUAUAUAUAUAUAUAUAUAUAUAUAUAUAUAUAUAUAUAUAUACACACACACACACACAAGUUUAGAAAAUGGAAUAGAAAUGGUUAGUCAUUUUUGUUCUAUUGCACAAUUGAAUUAGUUUUCACUAUAUAAUAUACAUAUUUUACAUAAACAUAUAUAUAUACACACACACACACAUUUUAAAACAAUUUUUGUGUUUCUUAAAGAUCAGCUAUAUUUGUUUACAAAUGAGAACUGGACUUUUAAUUUGUAAAGUUUAUUUUCUAUAGUAACCUCGCAGUUCCAGACGCCUGUAAUUUGGAUGUAGAACUGAAGGUGAAACACAUUCCCUCAUUUUGGUGUAAGUUUGUUCCUCAUCUGUGGUUCACACGUUUGUUCAAGGAACUUCCAUGUAUUUUGUUACUCUGAAUCGGGUUCAAAAAAUAAAUAAAUAAAAAUAUAUAUAAACAAUAAUAAUGACACAUGAAUGUGAGACAAAGGCACGUCUUUGUGCUGUUAAGAAAUACUAUUUAUUUUAAUCUUGCUAUGUAGGAAUAUGUAGUAGUUUUCCAAACCCUUGAUGUGUAAUUUUGAGAGUUUCAUGCUGUUCCUUCCUACAUUCUUCCUGGUUCUGUCUUGACAUGUGUCGUUGUAAAGCUGCCAUCGCUUCAGCCUAAGAUGUAGGGAUCCUCUGUGGGACGCAGGCUUCAGCUGCUCGUUGGCGCAGUGGGGGGAAGAGCUGCUCUCUCUGCAUUUACUGCAUUACUGCUUUUCAGUGUUGCGCUGCAGAGCUGGAUGUAAAUAGUCAGUUGAAUGUAUUUGAGUCUUCCACAAACACUAACUAAAAGUAGCUGUUAGAGAAAUAAAUCAGGCUUCCAUGUCCUCAAUCACUCAAAAUAUAUUCUUAAGGGGCACUAGGACUUAUUUCAACAUUUCCGUGAUUUCCUUCAUUCCAAAGUCACUUGGCUGAACGUGUAACCAAAGGUGUUAGUGACACAGUUGAGAUUUUCAGUGGAAUAUUGAUAGAAUCUGCUCACAGAACCAUCUGACACUUUCUGUAUUUCUGGUCUAUAUGCUAUAAAUAGUAUGUAAACUAAGCUGGGUAAUUUUCCUUUGGAGAGAAUAGAGAGUAUCCUUUUUGAUUCAAAAGGGCAAAAGCAAAUGGUUAAUGUCUGCGGUCCACAGUGGUAACAAUGGCGAAAAGAAGAGUUCAAUAAAGGGGCGAGGGAAUUGUAUUAAUUCAAGAUCUGCAGACAAAACUGGCUUGUUUAGUGAGAUAGAAUGGAGAGUCUUUUUCUUUGUUUGGUGUGCUGAGUCUGUCUGGGAAUGCUGGGAUAGAACAAGCACAAAGCCACACUAGCAAUACUGAAACUCAGGGCUAAUGAACAGCCAACUGUCUAACAGGGCCCCGUGCGGCCUGAGGUCAGUGCGGCACACAGCGCCGGUCCUCACCCUCUGCCAUGCUCACAGCAAAUGCUGGAGCCCUCCUGGCAGCCCCAAAUAUUUUUUUCCCAAAAAUUCUUGCCUAAAAUAAGUGUUUUAAAUAAACAAGCACCUUAUUGUCUACCCCAUAUUAGCACCAGAAUGUUUUCAGCAGAUUCCUGGAAAAGGUGAGCAGCGGUACAAUGUUUCCUUCAGCUUUUCUCAUAUGUCUGUAGGCUUGUGGCCCCAGCUGUGCGGAUCUAACCCAAGCUACCCGAUGAAAUCUAUGCCCAGCUGGGCAUAUUUACCAAUUCCCUGGUCCCAGUUAUAUUCUCUGGUAAUUUUUUCUCACUGAAUGUCCUAAAUUUUUAGCAUCAUGAUUCCCCCCCCCCCAUAUCCCAAAGACUAAGGAGCCAAGCUGGUCUGUUGUGUUUAGACUUCUCACCUCUGUUUUAUAACCGCUUACCUGCGCUUACUCCAUUCCAGUCUGUCUUAGUGUAAAUAUUUAAGAAUCUUAGCCCUUCAGUAUAGCGAUAAAGGUCCACAUGUAGGACUAGGGUUCGGAUAUCUAGGAAUUCAGUUUCUCCGUUCAGCACAGAGGUGCUGAAAUAGAACGGGAUCCUGUUUCGGCGAGAGCGCAGUGUUGCUGAAUUUCAAAUUUUCUUCAUGUUUGUGCUGUGAGCAAAGCACAAGUGUGACCUCGUGGUGAAGGCGGUCCAUCAAACACGUACACAGACAGGAAACGGAUUUGUGCUUUUAAAGCUUUUCAGUGGAGGCUCCAGGCUCCUUUUGCAAAGUCUGCGACUGAUUGAGACUCGCGGGUCGGAAUGUAUUCUCUGUUGUAGUAGAACGUAUGAAUGUAUAAUUUAGAAGAGCUACAUGCGUAUACUGUUUAUGUAAAUAUAUAAUACACAUAAAAUAUAUACUCAUACAUUUUAAAUACUUCUGUGUUUCAUAAGACCCUUUUGUGUUAACAUUUGUUGCAGUCAUAAAUCGUGAAGUCUGGCGAGUGAAGGGCUUCAUAGUGCUGUAAUUAAUUUAAGCAGUUUGACUUGCUAUCGGCGACAGCCGAGAAGUUUGGCCAAACUGCCCCACCUCCAUGGACUUGUUAAACAAAAUGAUACCAAGGAGUUCCUUCAAAAAUGUUAUUUUUGAAACGUAAAGGAAAAAAAAUGUGAUAUGGUAAAUCUGUGCACAAUUUAUGCGAGUGAGCUCUGCAGGCUUUGAAGCCCAUUGAAAUCACUGCAGCUGUUUGCUAGUUCUGUGUUAUGAAAUUAUUAGCAGCGAAAUCACCGUGGUGAUGUUUGUCAUUGUAUCUGCCAUAAGUUAUUGCUUGACAAUAAAGUGCUGAGACUCGUCAAA